CUCUCGUCGCAGGAGGCGGGAGGGAGACAGUAUAUAAAGGUCGACCGCCCCGUAGCAAAGGUCAGUCCGAAGUUAGUCCGAGUGGUGGGAGCAAGCGGACUUCAGAGCAUCAUGGGUACACAGUGGGUAGUAGUGGUGGUGGCAGUCGCGGCUUGUGUCCUGCACAGCCCCGAGGCCAGGCCCACCCAGACGUCUCCAUCCAAAGCGGCCUCUUCGCCCUCCUCCCCGAAAACCUCCGUCCGCCUCCAAAACCUGUCCCAGACGGUGAAGGGCGACCUCAACCGCGUGUGGAACUCACAGCUCGACCGACAGCGGACCAAGGUCAACCUGCCCGAUAACACAGUCAAGUUCUUCGACCGCCCAGGCGAGGGCCGCUAUCUCUACGGCUUCGAGGCUGGCGACGACGGCCGUACACACAUGCAGGCCUCCGACGGCAAGGGCCAGACCGUCGGGAAAUACUCGUACACCGACGCCAACGGCAAGGAGAUCGAGGUGCACUACGUGUCCGACGACAGCGGGUUCAGGGUGAUCAGCAACAACCUUCCCGAAGACACCGAGGACGUGAAGAAAGCCAAGGAGGAAUUCUUCAAGUUCUUCGAAGAGAGGAAAGCCGCUCAUCAGGCAGACAGAGACAACGCCGCCGUGGUCGAGAUGAUCGGAAAGUCGGCCGUUCCUGUGGCCGCUGCGUCGACGGCGGCCAAGGCUGCUGUGGCGGAGGAAGAAGAGGAAGGCGACGGAGGGGAAGAAGGUGAAGGAGAGGAAGGGGAAGGAGAAGAAGAGGAAGGAGAAGAAGAGGAAGAAGAGGAGGAGGAAGAGGAAGAAGGAGAGGAGGAGGAGGAAGAAGAAGAAGAGGAGGAGGAGGAAGAGGAGGAGGAAGAGGAAGACGAGGAUGAGGAGGAAGAAGAAGACGAGGAGGAGGAAGAUGAUGAGGAAGAAGAUGAAGAUGAAGAAGAAGACGACGACGAAGAUGAGGAAGAGGAGGAAGAUUCGGAUGAAGAGGAAGAGGAAGAUUCGGAUGAAGAGGAAGAUUCGGACAGCUCUUCCUCAUCAGAAGAAGACAGCAGCAGCAGCAGUGAGGAGGACAGCGAUGAGGAGGAAGACAGCGAUGAAGAUGAGGAAGAAGAUGAUGAUGACGAAGAAGAAGAUGAAGGGGAGGAAGACGAUGAAGAAGAAGAAGAUGAUGAUGAAGAAGAAGAGGACGACGACGACGAUGAGGACGAAGAGGAUUCCGAAGAAGGGGAUGACGAGGACAGCAGUUCGUCUUCCUCCUCCUCCUCCUCCUCUUCCUCUUCCUCAGAGGAAGAUGACGAUGAAGAAGACAGUGACGAGGAGGACGAGGACACCAUGAGCGAGCAGAGUUUACUCAGCAAGUUCCAGAAGGAUUUCGGCCGGAGACUUUACACCACAAAGAUCAAUUUCCCCGGCACAGCCAACACGAUCUGAUAGGGAGAAAGGUCCUUUAUAUUUUCUUUUCCUCAGAUUUUGACCUUAUGGAAGUCGAAAAGGGAGAAAAUUAAGUUCCGAUGUCACGUAUCUUCUUGGUAUCAGCUGACUCCGGUCGAUUUAUUUUUCUCCCUCAAGUAACAUGUGUGUAUAGUUUCUUGAAGAUGGUGUUCAAUAGGAGGUUACUCGUGCCUUCAAUUCAUCCUUUGUACAGUGCUAUAGUAUUUAUGUACAUUCGUGUUGUGCUGUUCCUCGUUUUCCUGCGCUGUUGGGGACAAAAUGGUGCUGUUCUCGCUCCCUCCUAAUACUCCUGAUGGGGAUCCUUCCUUGAAUUUCAAAAUUCCUUCACAAAUCCAUUUCUUUGGAAGAAAAGUCUUUCGAUAAAAAAGAAAAAAAAUCUUCUUGCAAGGUCUUCCAAAUCAGUGAUACAAAUGAGAAUAUAAAGUUCGUCUUCUCUUCUUUUUUUUUCAAAACUGCGAAAGAAGGAACCUCAACUGGAGAUCAGUCUUGGAUAGAAAUCUCCUCUUGGUAAUCCAUGAAGAUGCUGAUGAAGUAGAUGUUUGAGUCGCAUGAGAUGAAAAUGAUACCGUGCGUUCGUUUGCUCUUUUUUUUAUGAUUAUUUUCUUUCACUACCGGACCAAAUGUAUCAUGGUUUCGCCAACAAGGAAGUUCUACCAAAGGUUACCAUUUACUUCUGCCAGAGAUUGACAAAGAAUAUAGCAGUUUUAGAUAACAUUUGUAGUAGAUAAUGCUCUUGUGAUUUCCUCUCCAAACCCUGUAUUGUCUUUCCCUUAAAGGUUUUACUUCAUGUUGACCGCUCUUCCCACGAAAUAAAUUCCUCAAGCUAGUCUCUUCAUGCAAAGCUGAAUAUACGUUUUGGAAUUCCAGAAAAUAAUAUAAUGUAAAAUAUAUAUCGCUAUUUUCAUAAACGCAUUUUAAAAGGACAUAAACGACAACUUUGAACAAGACUAGCAUGAGGAAACAUUAGCAAGGAUACGAACUACUGCAGCUCUGUAGUGCCCACUUUAUAAAAAAAAAAAGAAUUAUAUAUUUUUUAAAAAGUUCUUGUAAAACAAUAAACUACAAAAUGUAA